UUGCAUCUGGUUGUUGUUGUAAUAUGAUCAUUUCGGUUGAAACUAUUCCUUGUAGCUGAAAAGAUGAACACCGCAAGUACAAGCUCUGGUCCUCCUGCAAUUCCACUCAACCAGCAAAACGAUACUAUCGUUCAGAUUGUUUCACCAGUACCGGUGCCACCGCCAUUACCACCACGAUGGAAACCUAAGAUUGUUUCACCACCGGUACUACCGUUACCACCACGAUGGAAACCUCCUUCAUAUCUACCUGAUGGACCGAACCUACCUCGUUCAGGUCUAUUUAACGAUAGAUGGAGAUACAUCGCCGUUGGUGUUUCUCUUUAUGAAGCAGCAACCAAAGGAGAUUGGAAGGCCGCUAAACCAAUUCUUGACGAACACCCCGAUGUGAUACGUUUUGCUAUCACCGAAAAUUAUGAUACCCUGCUUCACAUUGCAGCUUCAGCAGAAAGCACCAAUGCUGUGGAAGAAUUUGUGACAAAACUAGUACAGUUGAUGGAAAGUGAGGAUUUGGAGCUACAAAAUCAGAAUUACAAUACUGCCCUCAGUUUAGCAGCAGCAGCAGGAAAUGUAAAAACAGCAAUGAUAAUGGUGGAAAAGAAUCCAGGACUGCCGGAGAUCCCAGGUAAUAAUAGAGCAAUGCCACUUUAUACGGCAGCAUUGUUUGAAAAACCCCUCAUGGUGAGGUAUUUGUAUGACUAUAUGAGAAGGAGAGGCAAUUAUAUGUCAGAUGAUAAUCACCGUUCGGUCCUAGAAAAAUGUAUUGAAGCUGAUAUCUUUGAUGUUGCUAUAAAAAUAAUUGAAGAUCGCCCCGAACUAACUUAUAAGAAGGAGUUACUUAGCGAUAUUCUCAUAACUUUGGCUCAGAAGACUGAUGCAUUUGAAGGAACAAAACUAAAUGUGGUUUUAAGAAUCCUCAUGGAUUUUUUUUAGGGGUUCACGUGAUGAGGUGGACCAUGUGGUCAAAAGAAUUUCAAGCCCUGCAUUUAUUAAGAUUAAUUUGGGGAAUAGUUGCCAAAAUGUCUAAGCACGACAUUGCUGAGAUACUCCGGGGGCCACGUGUACGGGUUCAAAACAAAAAUAAAGAUAAAGAUGACAAAGGAGAAGCUAUUCCUAAAAGCGAGAUUGCAAAGGGAUAUACAACAGAGUGGAGCUACCCUUCGCGGGUACUUUUUGUUGCUACUAAAAUGGGCAACACGCAUUUUGUAAUUGAGCUCAUUCGCUCAGAUCCUGAACUAAUAUGGAAAUUAGAUGACAAAGGAAAGACUAUAUUUCACUUAGCGGUCAAACAUCGUCAAAUAAACAUCUACAAGUUGAUAUAUGAGAUUGGUGCAAUGAAACAUUUAAUAACCCCUAUUAAAGACAAAAAAGGCAAUAACAUGUUGCAUAUGGUCUCAAAGAGUGCUAAACAAAGCCGAUUUCGAGAUGUGUCUGGAGUUGCUUUACAAAUGCAACGGGAAUUGUUAUGGUUCAAGGAGGUAGAGCAAAUGAUCCCACCUCAUUAUAGACAGAGGAAGAAUGGAGACAAUGUAACACCACAAGACUUGUUCACUAAGACACAUGAAAAGUUGGUAACCAAAGGCGAGGAUUGGAUGAAAAAUACAGCGUCUCAGUGCAUGGUGGUUGCAACCCUCAUAACCACAAUUGUUUUUGCAGCUGCUUUCACACUUCCAGGUGGAUACAACCAGGGCACCGGCAUUCCUUUCUUUUGCAAAGAACCAGCCCUCAUUAUUUUUGUUAUCGCAGACGCUGUUUCGUUAAUAUCCUCAUCAACCUCAAUCCUCAUGUUCUUAGCUAUCCUUACAUCACGAUAUGCUGAACGUGAUUUCUUAGAGUCAUUACCCAAAAAACUAUUGUUCGGGCUUGCAACGCUCUUCCUCUCUAUCAUGACCAUGAUGAUUGCAUUUAGUGCGAGUUUCUUUGUACUUUAUGAUAAAAAGGUGAAAUGGAUACCUAUCACUAUCACUGGUUUGGCUGGCAUGCCAGUCAUUCUAUUCGCCAUACUGCAGUUUCGUCUUCUAGGAGAUGUUUUCUACUCGACGUAUCGAUCUAGAUAUCUUUUCAAGCCAAAGAAACGUAUCCUUUACUUUUAAAACCAUUGUAAUAUUUGUUGUCUUUCAAGGUUUGUGUACUUCAAUGACUACUUUUGUAUCAUUCUUUGUCAUUCCUAAUUGUGUAAUAUUUAUCUCUCUUUCAUUUCACAAGUUCUCAUUAUUUCGUUAUUAUUUAGGACAAUUUAGUUCGUU